ACAUUGAUCAUAAGUUUUGUUGGCGUACCCUCAAGUAGUUCUAUAUUAUCGACUAUACGUGUAAAAAUCAUGGUUGUGGUAUGACCCCAUAAUCUUCAUCCUCAUCCUUUUCCUAACUAACACUCUUCUCUUUUUCCUAUAAUAACAACAUUUCAUUUUCUUAUUCAUCCAAUCUCUUCUUUCCACUAUUUCUCAUGAGUUUCUUCAAAUCAGUUUUCUCCGACGACCCUAACCCUUCCGGUUCCCAAGAAUCCAACAAUGCUCCCCACAGCGAGUCGCCAAACGCGCCGGUCAGUCCUUCCGGCGCGUGGAAUUUCGGAAGCCUAAUCAAAACCCUCAGCGAAAAAUCAGAAACCGUCAUCGAAGUUUACCGUCGCGAUCUUCAUGAAUUCGGCACAGGUUUGAAGAAAGAGAUAGAGGUCGCUCACGGCUCUCUCGAAACGGUGGGACACGUCAUCGACCGAUUCGGAAACACCGUGAUUAAAGGAACGACUCAGAUUAUAUCUCAAGGCAAAGACGCAAUCCUCGAUUCCGAUUCCGAUUCCGAUUCAGACAACAGCAAUAACAAUAAGAAUAAGAAACAGAGUAGUGUCAAUUCGAAACUGUAUAAUAGAUUUGAUUCUCAGGUUCGUGCAAUUCAGGGUGAUCCUAAGACUUUCACGGCAGAACCGUUGGAUUUGGAGCGUUAUAAUAAGUGGAAAUUGGAUUUUUCGUUGGAAGGGAAAAAUGAAGAAAUGGAAGGGUUUCUAAAAGAGAAUGAGGCUAUGGACAGUGUGUAUAAAAUGGUGGUUCCUAAUGUUGUUGAUAGUGAAACUUUUUGGUUAAGGUAUUAUUAUAAACUUUAUAAGGUUAAGAAAGCGGAGGAUGUUAGGGCCGGGCUUGUGAGACGAAUGUCGAGGGUAGAUGAAGAAGAGUUGAGUUGGGAUGUUGAAGAUGAUAAGUAUGAUGACAACGAAGAUGAUGAUGAUGAUGAUGAUGAUGAUGAGAAGAAUGGUAGAGAGGGUGGUAAUUUUUAUGGUAACGGUGUUGUGGGAAUUAAGAGAUUGGAUGAUUCUAGUGAGGAAGAGACUAAGGUUGAAAAGAGAAACAGUUUAUCAGAAAACAAGAUGAAGGAGGAAUCAAAAGUUGAUGACAAUUUGGAGGUUGUUCAAGAGAAGGGUAAUGGAAGACAAGUGGAUGAUGGUAAGGAUUCUGUAGUUGAUUCAGAUAAGAGAAUGACAGUGGAGAGUAAUGUUGGUGAUAAAAAGUCAUUACCGGUUGUAAGUCGGGACAAGGAGCAUGAGGAAGUGGAGGAGAAAGAUCUUGAGUGGGAUGAGAUUGAGGAGCUUGGUAGAUUUGAUGAAAAGAAGGCAAUGGGGAAUGGUAGUCCAAGUAAAAUUGAUAUUCGGAAGCGUCUGAGUUCGGCGGCGGAAGAAGAAGACUUGAGUUGGGAUAUUGAAGAUGAUGAUGAUGAGCUUACCAAGGCUUGAGGUAUAUUCAUGUAAGUGUGAUUCUGGUAUCAGAAAUUUAGCAUUUCACAUUUUAUCUAUUAAUGUAUAGAUUUAUCACAAGUAGUUGUCUCAUUGUUCAACGUCUUAUUUGUAUGGAAAAGUAUUUGUUUUACAGAAAUGAUAUUUAGACACGUAUAUUAACUUCA